UCAGUAUCUGUUGAUUGUUAAACAGAUCGGUCGACUGUAGUAUCUAUUAGUGCGUUUGUGCGUAAGGUUUAGUUAAACAAAAUUUAUCCAAAAAUAAUAAAAAUAACAAUAACCUGUUUGUGCUCAGUAAAUUUAAAAAGGAAUAAAACAGAAAAUUCCAUUAAGCGAAAACAAAAAAUAAAAAGAAAUACGAAAUAAUAUAAGAAAUACAGCCGGUUGAUUUAAACACGUUGUAGCGUUUCGUUAACAUCUCUGAAGAAUUUUUGUAGUUAAUUUAAAUUUGUGUUUCUUAGUAAAAUUUGACAUUUUUGUUUGUUUUAACUUUGAAAUAUCAUCAAAGUUCAAGUUUACAAAAAGAAAAAUCAAGUGGUUUUAUUAUUAAUAAAUUUUUGCUGUUGCCGUUUAUUUGUUCAUCCAUUUAAAACAAAUUCAAUAUGAGGGAAAUUGUUCACUUACAAGCUGGUCAAUGUGGUAACCAAAUUGGCUCUAAGUUCUGGGAAAUCAUCUCCGACGAACAUGGCAUUGACCCCAAUGGUAUGUAUCAUGGUGAAAAUGAUUUGCAAUUGGAACGCAUCGAUGUCUACUAUAAUGAAGCAAACAAUGGCAAAUAUGUACCACGUGCAGUAUUGAUUGAUUUGGAACCCGGCACCAUGGAUUCUGUGCGUCAAUCACCCUACGGUCAAUUGUUUAGACCAGAUAACUUUGUGUUUGGUCAAUCGGGUGCUGGCAACAACUGGGCCAAGGGUCAUUAUACCGAAGGUGCCGAAUUAGUUGAUUCUAUUCUCGAUGUUAUGCGUAAAGAGUCUGAGGGCUGUGAUUGCCUGCAAGGUUUCCAAUUGGCCCAUUCGUUGGGUGGCGGUACUGGUUCCGGUUUGGGUACUCUAUUGAUUUCCAAAAUUCGUGAAGAAUAUCCCGAUAGAAUUAUGAAUACAUUCUCUGUUGUACCUUCUCCUAAGGUUUCCGAUACAGUUGUUGAACCAUACAAUGCCACAUUGUCGAUUCAUCAACUUGUCGAAAAUACCGACGAAACAUUUUGUAUUGACAACGAAGCAUUGUAUGACAUCUGUUUCCGUACAUUGAAGCUGUCAUCGCCAACCUAUGGAGAUUUAAAUCAUCUUGUUUCUGUUACAAUGUCUGGCGUUACCACCUGUUUACGUUUCCCCGGUCAAUUGAAUGCUGAUUUGCGUAAAUUGGCUGUAAACAUGGUGCCAUUCCCACGUUUACAUUUCUUUAUGCCUGGUUUUGCUCCAUUGACCGCCAAGGGUUGCCAACAAUAUCGUGCUAUGACUGUCGCCGAAUUGACCUCUCAAAUGUUCGAUGCCAAGAACAUGAUGACUGCCUGUGAUCCCCGACAUGGCCGUUAUCUUACAGUGGCUACUAUCUUCCGUGGUCCCAUGUCCAUGAAAGAAGUCGACACACAAAUGUUCAAUGUACAGAGCAAAAAUAGCAGUUACUUCGUCGAAUGGAUUCCAAAUAACGUUAAGGUUGCUGUGUGUGAUAUACCACCACGUGGCAUGAAAAUGUCUGGUACAUUUAUUGGCAACACCACCGCUAUUCAAGAAAUCUUCAAGAGAAUAUCGGAACAAUUCACAGCUAUGUUCCGUCGCAAGGCUUUCUUGCAUUGGUUUACUGGUGAGGGUAUGGAUGAGAUGGAAUUCACUGAAGCUGAAUCGAAUAUGAAUGAUUUGAUAUCGGAAUAUCAACAAUACCAGGAGGCAACCACUGACGAUGAUGUCGAAUUCGACGAAGAACAAGAAGAACAUGAAGCAUAUGAAGCUGAUUUGCAAAAUGGUGGCAUGUAAAUACAAACACACGCUUGUACAUGUGUAAGUGUGUGUACACAUACAUACACCCUACAGCCAAAUAAUGUUGUUCGUCAAUAUCCAAAUAAACACACACACCCACAUAUACACAUCAAUACAAUACCAAUACCAACACAACAUCAUAAACAACAAUAACUACAAACAUAUGUAUAUGGAAGUACAACAUAUAUUACCAUUUUUGUAAGGAGAAGGCUUUCAACACAAACACACACACACAACGUUCUUCCUACCUUCCCCUUACCCGUCUCCUACCUCCCUUCAACAAUAAGAGGCCAACAAAAAAAACAACAAAAAACAAUAUAAUGCAACAAAAUAUUAAAUCUUAUUUUCCCUCAUCCUUCAAUUAGUAGUGUUUUUCGUUUUUCUUCCUUUUUAAACAAAGCAAAAAGUAAAAAUGUUAAUAUUGAUAAAUAAAAAAAGUUUAUGUUUGUAAAUCCGCAAUUUGCGUGUAAUUAAUUCAUACGUUUAUUUGUGUGUCUGUGUAUAUACUUUACUGCAUGUGUAGUAUGUAGUAUAUACAGCCACACAUUCAAACGUAUAUCAUAAUUAAAUAUGAGUAUUUUUUAAAUAAAAAUAUAUACAAUAACAACAACAAAAAAAACGUUAAAAAUAAA